AUGUUGGAGCUGGCCCUUACUUUUUCGGUGGUACGUAACGGUCUCGCUGACGUUGCGGGAAAUAACCAAGUGGCGGGUUCCGCUAUCACUCUCAACAACGAAGGCACGAUGCAGCGAAAGCUGAGAAGCAGCCCCCUCGCAGAAGACGACUCCGACGAUGAGGAACGGGCCCUGAACAUUAAUGCGGGCUUCAGCAAGGUGAAAACCCUCUCCAAGAAGAAUCGUGACCUGACCAAGACUCUGCAGAAGGUUGAGAGUACCAAGAUUUCUUCAAAGGAAGUAGCCGCUGUCCGAUCGGUCAUCGAAAAGAGCCCCGACAAACUUCGCUCUAUGUCUGAGCGGAAGAAAUGGAUCCUGAUUAUUGGGGUUGUGACUGGCGUGCUCACAAUUACUCCUGCAGUCACCUAUGCUAUCCUUAAGAAGGUUGACAAGUAG